UGAUUACUAUACGUGGUAGUUUUUUUAAAAACAAGCUCGCAGAUCUUACAGCUGUACGUUUCAUUCGUUAUAUAACAAAAUCGAAGCCAAACUAUUGAUUUACCUUUGCAAUUUAUCACAGAUCUGUGCUUGUUGUUUGUCGCGUCAACCAAAAAAAAAACAAGCGGGCAGCUUCAUUCCCUUAAGCAAGACUUCACGGCUAUACAGUUGUGGAAAAUCAGAGGGCAGCAAAACAAGUUGCUGCCCUAGAAGUCGCUAGAGAUGAGCUACGUUGGUACCACUGGACAUGUCAACGAGGGGGAGGGGGGUACCAAAAAGGAGGAGCGGCAAGCAAGAGCAUUGGAGGAACAGGAAGUUCAAGGAGUAAGCACAGGAGAAACUCACGAGAAGAUCACUACGGGAAGUGAGAGAGCGGAAGAGUCUACAUCCCAACACCAAGGAUCAUCUAGAUCAUCCACAAAACCACCUUCUGAGUCAACUAUGGAGAAACUCAAGAAAAUGUACCCUGACAUGGACAAAAAACUGGUAUUUGCACCGCUACUGCCAGAGAUAGUGCGAGACAAUCCUGUUGCUGAACAAAUGGUUGGCGAUGAAUUUACUUCUUGGCUUCGCAGGACAGGACUGAAGGGUAUUUUGUGGAAAGAGCAAAUGAAAGAAGGGUUUUUUUUUAUUCCUUCUUUGGGAAGCGAAGCAAACAUUUUAGUAGCAGAACUUAAUUGUUUUGACUCAAGCGAUCCUUUGAAAGACAAAUCAGAAAAAGUUUGGGGCGAGUACUGGGAGAAAGAUUUACAGCGAGUCAUAGAGAAUGAAUGGGAAGCGACAGGAUCAAAGGCCUCGUUUGAGAAAAAAACUCGAAUUCGAUGGAUAUAUAUUGAACGAAGGAAUCGAAAAAUUGCUUGCUUGGAAUUAGAUUUCCAUGUCAAGAGAGCCAAAAUCUACCGUGUGUUAAAUUAUUUGAAAGACUGGCAACCAUUAGUGUAUAGAAACGGAGCAAUUGAAUUGGGGGAUGCGGGGCUUACUAAUCGAAAAAUUUACUACAGAUACGACGACGAACAAGAUUUUAAAAGAGUGUUCGAAGCCUUUGUCUUCUUCGAAGAUGACAAACAGUAUGUGUCUGAAAUGUCGACUCUAGCGUUGGAGGAAUAUAACUGGAGUCAAAUGUUUAGCAACGUGGUUUACCGUCCAUUAGUUCAUGGUAAACUUCUUCCCACAGUUCUUAACGACAUAUUCCCCAAUUUAAGAAAUCAAAUGGAAUAUCUUACAAGUCUCGAUGCACUCCUGAAACAAACAAAAUCAACGGGAAUUGUUCGUAAAGUAAAGAAAGAUAAAAAUUACUUCGCCGAGAUAGCUCAUCCUUAUAAGGUGUUACGCCCUGGUAAUUUCUACUUCCUAUAUAACAGCCAGUUGGGAAGCAUCUCUCUCAUUUCGAUAGAACGAACUUAUCAGCAGCUCAGCGAAAAUUUCAUUUCGCUGUUUGAGAACCACGUGAGGUUACAAUUUCUUCUUCCUCUUGAUCCAAAUCUGAAACACGUGUCUUCUCGUCACAUCACUGGAAUACUGAAAAACAUCAACUUUGUUGUAAUUGCUGACUUAUCCCAACAGUUAUCAGGCACUUGUGAUCAGCUUUUUUUCCAGGCCCCAGAAAUGUACCAGAAAGAAUCACGUAAGGCUUUCACGGCAUCCUAUUACUUUUCUACAAGCCGUUAUAAUAAGCUUUCUGUACAGAAAAUAAUAAACCAAACAAUAUUAACUAUGACUGACAAGAAACUUUCUGAAAACAUGGAUUUUUCUUUUUCGUGGUUCCUGUCACGGUUAACAAUUGCAUAUAGGAAUGGAACUGGACCAUUCGAAUUCUACAAACUUGACAACGAGCUCAAACUAGAGGAGUGUAAUGGUGAGAAUGUGUUCGGCAACAAGAUGGAAAAAUUAGAUGCAGAGAGAACAGACGUAGAGAAUGCGAAACUCAUAAUUACAGCACUUCUGUCAUUCGAAGAUUUUAUCCCAAUAGGAAAUUAUUUUGCAAAACAAAUGACUGUUAGUUCUGAUAUUGAACCGAGAUCGGACAACUUAAAAAGGUCACCAAGAGAUACAGUUGCUGUUAGUUCUGUUGAAACGAGAUUGGACGACUUUAAGUUGUCUAAUUUGCUAUUAAAAGAAUCCAUGUUGAAAAGAUGGGAAAAGCUGUACAAAAGUGGGACCAACGAAGAAAGAGCCCAGUAUCUGCUGUCGGUCAAACAGUUUCUUCAAAAGGAGAUAGUGAUUUCCAGAGCAGAGAAGCAGAGUGUUCUCGAAUUACUCAAGUCAGUUACAAUGCAGCAUUGUUCCGCAUUGACUUCUAACCAUCUCCAAGAAUUUCUCAUCCGGACUGCUUCCGUAGAAACUGGCUAUGAAUUGAUCGAAUGGCUAAUAGACACAGUUGAUCUAACAUCUAGUGCAGAUUUCAAGUCUAAACUGUCUUCUCUUCUUCUGAAUGCAUGUCGCUUGAACGAUUACUCUGUGGUCCGAACUGUCUUCAUGAUCUUAAAGAAGUGUGAUAAUUUGCAGAGUGAGUUGGAGAAAAUUGACCAAGAUGGAAACACAGUUUUGACUAUUUCAUGUGAUAAUCCAAAUCCCAAUAUUGAAAUUGUUGAGACAAUUCUGCGUGAAGGACUUCCCGACGAACUACUGCUGCAUCAGUUUGCAGGCAAAAAUGCUUAUGAGUGGGCUAAACUCCAUAGCAACCAAGCUUUGAAAAGUUUGCUAGUUGCUGAAGUCAGCCGUCAAAAAUUGUUUCUAAUGCCUUCAGAGCAGAGACAGCGACUGAGUCAUCGAAGCAACUUGUCUAAAAAACUGACAAAGACAGUGGAAGAAGUUUACGAGCUCAAAAAAAAGGUUAAUAAAUUGGCAAUGGUCGGUGGCCGAGAUGUCAGCAGUAACAUUGCGUCAUUGCAAACACUCGUGAAAAAAUCCUACAGGAUUUCGCUGCGUAUCGAAGAAAAAGAAAAGAGCCCAGACAAAUUCAAACCAGAGGAGCUCGAAAAAAUCAAUGAAAAGCUGAGCAACAUCACGGGUAAUCUCAAACGUGUGUCAGGGUUUGUGACCUUCAAAACAUCCAAAUUGGACAAAGAGGAUUGUGAUGUUGCAUGGACGUCAAAGGAAGAAAUUCAAAUUAAACGCAAGUACCAAAAAGUUGAAGAAGACUUGAAUGAUGUAGAUACAUUUUUAUCAGGCUCAGGCUGAGAUUAAACUUUUGUAAACAUACGAAAAAAAUCUAGAAUCCCUCUUGGUAGAAUGACCGAUCAUGACUCACAAAUUAUUUUUAUACAGUCUAAACCCAGGUAAAAAAUCGAGAAAAAAGGUUAGUAACCAAUCAGCGUUUUCCACAAAGUAAAAAUUUUAGAAAGUUAAAAAACUUUCUGCCGUGCCGUUCAAAUUGUCUGCCAAAAAAAUCUAGAAUCCCUCAUGGCAGAAUGACCGAUUAUGACUCAAAAAUUAUUUUUAUCCAGUCUAAACCCAGGGAAAAAAUCG